ACAGCUCUUUGCUGUGUUUCCAGUUUCAGAGGGAAAAACACAAGCUUGUAUGUUGAGAGUGAGUCAUAACCUUUCUUCUACUACUGACUCACUUGGGAGUUUGAGGGUCGCGUGAUAGUUUUGUCGGAGAGGGGUGCAGGCUCUCUGUUACUCGGCGAGAGAGCUGGCAGAUGUCCCAAGUGAGAGAACCUCUUCCUCCGGGGCCUGGAGGGCCAGAGCAAGCUGCGACUGAAAACAGCUCUUUGAUCUCUCUCCCUCGAGGAAAAACUGACCAAGAGACUCCUGUGGCAGGAGAUAAAGACAUAAACCAGCCUUCCAGUAAUCAAAGUAUACAAGCAGAGAAACAAGAGCAGUCCAUCUGGGGGAAUCGCACUGAUGGUGACCUCAUCAGAAAGUGGAGAAUCAGAAUUUCAGCUCAAUUGUGGAAUGAAAGAAAAAGAUUUACAGCGCAACCUCAACGUUUGCCUCAGCCAAAUACUUCAGCACUGGAAAGGAGUGAGGAAGAAAGUGGCAGAAUCCAAAAUGGCCAUGUGGGUCUGAGUAAUGGAAGUGGAAUUCACAACGGGGUCAAGCACAUGCCUGCAGACAACAGAAAGCUUUCUUCUCCUGUUUCAGAAAAAAUGCACAGAAAAAUUCAGUCCACCUUGUCUGUCAACAGCAAUAGCAGCAAGAAGAGUAAAAUAAGCUCUGUGUUUUCUCAAAAGCAAGGUACUUCACCAGAAGAUUGCUGUGUUCACUGCAUCCUAGCUUGCUUGUUCUGUGAAUUUCUCACGCUCUGUAACAUUGUUCUGGGACAAGCAUCCUGUGGCGUCUGCACGUCGGAAGCCUGCUGCUGCUGCUGCGGGGACGAGAUGGGCGACGACUGUAACUGCCCGUGCGAUAUGGACUGUGGCAUAAUGGACGCGUGCUGUGAAUCCUCAGAUUGCUUGGAGAUCUGCAUGGAGUGCUGUGGGAUCUGCUUCCCAUCAUGAAAUAUCUAACACUUUCUAUUUUAUUCUCUAUAAAACUGGAGAGCUUUUCUUUAAAUACAUUUGAAGAAAGACAAGGUAACAUUUUCACACUUGCACUGUUAAUUCCCUUUAUAUAAAUAUUUUUUUAAAUAGCAAUCCUCAAAUCUGUAUUCUAACACAAAUUGUAUAGUUUUGUAUGUGAAACCAAAGCUACAUUCCAGCUUCCUUUUGGCUUUGCAAAUGGAAGAGUUUAUUGAAAGUGAAUUAUAGACCUGACACUGCAGGCCAUAUGAAGGCAGAAUUGCCAUUUGAAUUGAGUGAUAGGUUUUGGUCAGAGAACAGACUGCAAGGCAAAGCCUUAAGUAUUUUCCUUUACCUACUUUAAUGUUUAAACACUCAAAUGCCUCCAUGCCUUUGCAGGCAUUCUGAAAAUCAAAAUAUCUCUAUUUCUCUCUCUUUGGGUUGAAAGCAACUUUGCUCUAUUGUUUUAAAUUUAAUUCAAAAACCAGCAUCAGAAAUCUACUGUUGGUUUUGCUACAGUGGUCAUGUUGGCAAUAUGUCUUUUGUUUUGAAUAUCUCAUUGAUUAGAGAGCAAUUCCUGGUGCUUUCCAUUGCUGAGCUUAUCUGACAGUCUGAAGUCAAAUAUAAGUUUUGCCCUGGACUAGAAGAGUACCAGGAUUUCUUUGUCAUCAAUCAAGACAGAAUAGAGACCUUAUCAUUUUAGUUCAGUACUAUUAUUAUUUGAAAUGCUUCAUCUUAUAAAGAGGCUUUGGAAAUCUGUGUAGACAUUAAAUAUAUCCUUAGAGUAACAAACUAAUAGACUAACAAUACUUCAAAAAUUGGCUGUAAGAGGAAAAUUAUUAGAAGUUAACUCAAGAAUCUAAACCAGUACAUUAAGUGGCCUGGUCAGUAUUUAUGGUUUUGGAACCAGUGUCACAUAACUUAGUAUUUAUUUCUUUACAGUGUAAGAAAGAUCUACAGAGAGUAGCAGAAUUUAAACAGGGUAUUAAAAAAAAUUAAAACUGACUUGAUCAAGGAAUCCUGUCAUUAAAUGA